AUGACUAGUUUUAGGACCUUUAUCUAUAUUUAUCUCUUUGGUGGUGUCACGUUUAUUCCUUUAGUAAUAGUAUCGUUAUGGUGUUUGAACAAACGACUGGAAUCUAAUGAAGAAAAGGAGGAUAAAGAAGAUCCUCUACUUGUCCCUGAUAUCAAUCCUGAUUUUAAAGCAGGUGCAUUGGAAGAGGAUAAAGGUGUCAAAGUGUUCAAAAAAGGUUGGAUAACCGUCACAAAUCAAUAUUAUUAUCAUUUCACGGAAUUAGCUAAUUUACAAAGCAAUGAUGAUAAUAAGACAAAUGAAAAUAUCCUUCAAAGAUCUCAAUUAAAGAAAAAACAAAAAUUCUACGCUGUUUUGAAGCAUGGUAAUUUGUUUCUGUAUAGAGAUGAUUCACCUAAGAGUUCUAUACUCCAUGCCAUUGCUUUAGCCGAUAGUUUUGUUACCAUUUGGCCGCGGGAUACCACAAAUGAAAUGCUUGAUGCUUCUUUAUUCACCAAAAGGACAUGUGUCGCAUUGUUCAGGAAUAAUACUGCCUAUUUCUCGAAAAAAACAAACUCUCUUCAAUUCACAGUUACAUCAAGUCAGGAGGAAACAGAACCAUCGACAGCAACGUCAAAUCAAUUUUUUUUAUACUUUGAUAAUAAUACGGAUAAGGAAGACUGGUAUUUUCAAUUAAUCAAUGCUUCCAAAAAUAUAAAUAUUAAGGCUAAUAAUAAUGAACUCCCCAGCCUAUCUAAUAUUCAACAUUCAAUAUUAAACCCAAAUAUAACAGCAGAUACUGCCCAUUUGAGAACUCAUGAUAUGUUAUACUUGAUCCAAACUCUCCAUUCUACUGAGGGGCAAUUAACUACAAAAUGGUUCAACGCUUUGAUUGGUAGAUUAUUUUUAUCUUUACAGAGAACUGACACAUUAAAUAAAGCCCUUCUGGAAAAGGUACACAAAAAACUCAACAAAAUCAACAAACCAGGGUUUCUGGAUAAUUUAGUAGUUGAAGAAAUUGAUGUGGGCACAAGUGCACCAUUUAUUACCAACCCCUCCUUAAGAGAAAUAUCUCCUGAAGGAUUGACCAAGAUAGCACUAAAUCUACAAUACAAGGGUAACUUAUCUGUAAUUAUAUCAACGAAAGUUAAUAUAAAUUUAGGCUCAAGGUUUAAACCAAGGGAAGUCUCGGUGCAGCUGGCUAUUAAAGUGAAAGAGAUAUCAGGUCCAUUGAUAGUCUUGAUUAAACCACCUCCUUCUAAUAGGAUAUGGUAUGCCUUUGAAACCGAACCUAUAAUCGAUUUGGAGAUCGAGCCCGUAGUCAGUUCCAGUAAACUCUCCUACACCAUGAUUACCAAUGUAAUCAAGGGAAAGUUUGUUGAAGGUAUCAAAGAAUCACUAGUUAUGCCAUACAUGGACGAUAUUGUGUUUUACUCAACCGAUGAUGAAGUUUAUAGAGGUGGUAUUUGGGAAAGUCAUAUUGUUUCCACCUGGAAUACGGAUAAACAUCCUUCAUCUCCGUCAGCGGGCAUUUCUAUAGGAAAUAACGACAAGGAUAAUGAAGAUAUCCAAGACAAAGGCGUUGAUGUUGAUUUUGAAAGGAGAAGUUCACUUGGGAGGAAAGAUUCAUAUGUGAGAAAAUCAAUGGCUUCUAUGGAUUCCAGUGAUUCGCAAUUUAAAAAUCGUGCUGUUCAGAAUAUUAAAAACGUCCUGAAGUCAAAAACUCAAACAGGGCAUGAAGAGAGUGAAGGCUCUUUGAAAAAUUCUUUGGAUGCUCUUCAUUCUGAUGAAGAAGAUGAUCCUAUAAAACCAAAACAGUAUAUUAAGAGUUCGAUCAAAAAAUUUGGAAAGUGGUAUAGCGAGAAAGUGAGUACUAAUAAUCUAGAUUCGGAUGAAUCGUCAUCAGCAUCUAGUUUAGUUACUAAAAACGAAAAAAUUACACAACCUCCAAAAAUGAUAAGCAAUAGAAGAAGAGUUCCACCGAAACCCCCAGUUACUCCAUACGAACAUCAAGGAAAAGUUUCAGAUGUGCCUACCAAUCCUUCGAUGCUGAAUGGAGAGACUACGAUGACAAAACCAGUACCACCACCUCGUACGGAACUUCAAACACCAACCACAUCACCGAGCAUGCAUGCGACAGAAAUGUUUGCAAGCAAAGAAAAAGAUAGAAAAUUAUCGAUGUCAUCGAAAUCGACUGGAGGUUAUGAGUCUAAUAGAAUCCCAUUGUCUCCAGAGUCGCCUUCAUACGCGUUUGCCAAGGCAUCCAAUAAUAGAGAUUUCUCUGGCGAUGUAUUCAAUGAAAAUCUAGAAGAUUCUGUUGAUGAAUAA